GGGAGUGCGCGUGCGCAAGCGCUCCAGGAGGCCCCGCCCCCAAGGGCGCGCCCCCAGGGGCCUGGGGCCGGCUCCUCGGCCUGGCCCGGGCAUGGAGGCCCUGCGGAGGGCCCACGAGGCCGCGCUGCGGCUGCUGCUGUGCAGGCCCUGGGCCGUGGGCGCCGCCUCCCGCCCAAAGCCCCGCGCCUCGGAGGUGCUGACGCGGCACCUGCUGCAGCGGCGCCUGCCGCACUGGACCUCCUUCUGCGUGCCCUACAGCGCGGUCCACAACGACCAGUUCGGCCUGUCGCACUUCAACUGGCCCGUGCCGGGCGCCAACUACCACGUCCUGCGCACCGGCUGCUUCCCCUUCAUCAAGUACCACUGCUCCAAAGCGCCGUGGCAGGACCUGGCCGGGCAGAACCGCUUCUUCACGGCGCUCAAGGUCAUCAAUCUGGGUAUUCCGACCUUAUUAUAUGGACUUGGCUCCUGGUUAUUUGCCAGAGUCACAGAGACUGUUCAUACCAGUUACGGACCAAUAACAAUUUAUUUUCUAAAUAAAGAAGAUGAAGGUGCCAUGUAUUGAAAAUGUGUAUUGGAAAAUACAAAUAUCAAUGAAUUUGUUCCA